CUCUCUCUCUCUCUCUCUCAGCUGGGUUGCUACUGGCAGACAAGAUUGGAGGACAAACAACUGUAACUACUAUUGCUGCUGCUGCUGCUUCUGCUGGUUUUUGGGUGCUGUGGACUUUCUGAUAUUGCAGUGCACACAUACAGGAGCUCGUGUGCUUGCACCCUCCUUCUCUCUCUCUCUCUCUCUCUGUGUGUGUGUGUUGAACUUAAGAGAGGAGAAUAGAGGAGUACAGAGGCAGACUCUACCAUGCCAGUGCAGGGAGAAAGACUGCAGCGCUGUUUGUCUCUCUGCGUCUGGAGCUACAGGAGUCCUCUGCUGUUGCUUGGACUGUUCUCUCUGCACGCACAAACGCACGGCAACAUAUUGGACACUAUGCUGCUAAGAACAUCCAGCAAGGAGACAGUAGAGAGCGGGAAGGAGAGCAGCAGCAGUGUCGCUCCAGCUUUAUUCUCCCAGAGACUACUGUGGUGUCACUGUUAUCAUCACUGCCCUGAAGAUUCAAUCAACAAUACAUGCAGAACUGUGGGCUACUGUUUUACCAUGGUGGAGGAUGAGGGAGGAGUACCUGUCCUAACUGCAGGAUGUCUUGGCCUUGCUGGAUCAGAGUUUCAGUGCAGAGACACAUGGAUCUCCCGUCAGAGGAGAUCAAUAGAGUGUUGUACAGAUGAAGAUUACUGCAACAGAAACCUGUUUCCCACCCUGCCACCACUUGAACCACCUAACUAUGUCGAGGGAGACAUUCACCUCAAGGCCUUGUUGAUCUCAGUUACAGUGUGCAGCAUAAUAGUGGCUCUUAUUAUUGUGUUCCUCUGCUACAGGUAUAAGCUGCAAGAGUCUCGCCCACGAUACAGUAUUGGUUUGGAGCAGGAUGAGACGUACAUCCCUCCUGGAGAAUCUCUGAAGGAUCUGAUAGAACAGUCUCAGACUUCUGGAUCAGGAUCAGGGCUCCCUCUGUUGGUGCAGAGAACAAUUGCCAAACAGAUACAGAUGGUGAAGCAGAUCGGUAAGGGCAGGUAUGGAGAGGUGUGGAUGGGCAGGUGGAGGGGAGAGAAAGUGGCCGUUAAAGUUUUCUUCACCACAGAGGAGGCCAGCUGGUUCAGAGAGACGGAGAUCUACCAGACUGUCCUUAUGAGACAUGAGAACAUACUGGGUUUUAUAGCUGCAGAUAUUAAAGGAACUGGCUCUUGGACCCAACUGUACCUGAUCACUGAUUACCAUGAAAAUGGCUCUUUGUACGACUACCUCAAGUCAACCACUCUGGACAACAAAGCCAUGCUGCGACUGGCCUACUCGUCCGUCUCUGGCCUCUGCCACCUCCACACUGAGAUCUUUGGCACCCAGGGCAAACCUGCCAUAGCUCACAGGGAUCUGAAAAGUAAGAACAUCCUGGUGAAACGAAACGGCACCUGUUGUAUAGCUGACCUGGGACUGGCAGUGAAGUUAAAUAGUGACACCAAUGAGGUUGACAUCCCUCCCAACACGAGAGUGGGUACAAAGCGUUACAUGCCGCCUGAGGUUCUCGAUGAAACACUGAACAGAAAUCAUUUUCAGUCAUAUAUUUUGGCUGACAUGUACAGCUUUGGGCUCAUCCUGUGGGAAAUUGCCCGACGUUGUGUGUCAGGAGGUAUCCUUGAAGAGUACCAGUUGCCAUACCAUGACCUUGUCCCGACAGACCCUUCAUAUGAAGACAUGAGAGAGGUGGUCUGCAUCAAGCGACUACGACCGUCAUUCCCCAAUCGAUGGAGCAGUGAUGAGUGUUUGAGACAGAUGGGGAAGCUGAUGACAGAAAGCUGGGCCCACAAUCCUGCCUGCCGGCUCUCAGCACUACGGGUCAAAAAGACACUCGCCAAAAUGUCAGAAUCACAGGAUAUUAAGCUGUGAGCGGGCAGAGGGAGGUUCAACAUCACACACAGAAAGGGCACUCAUGAUCACACCGGCUCUGCCACAACAGGCCCACUGAUCAUUUUUCCCAGGAAAAGGAAGUGGGACAGCAGCCAAGAACUUGGAGAUGCAGCAUCAAACUUUGAGUCCUGAUGCACAGAACUCUGUAGUCCAAGUCACUGAUGAGUAAUUGACUGCAGGGCUGAGUGAUGAUGAUGAACUAAAUUAAUACAAACAAAAAUCAGGUCCUGUUGUGUCCAUUGGAGAAGACGAGACCAUUUAACUUCUGAGUACUUGGAGGACUAAAAUCACAUAUAGGUUCCCAUCCACAUGCGCCAAUGUCUGUGGAGAUUCACACUGUAGCUGCAGAGAUACACAAAAAGCCUACUGAUUAGUGCGUGGAAUACUAUUUAAAUGCUUUCUGUGAAAGCUGCCCCACAUGUGUAUGAAGGUCUGACUGAUAAAAUGCUUAAAGGCAUUCUGUAUUUGUAGCAUGACACCUACUUUGAAAACACUGUCACUCACUACUGGCUUUAAUCAGAUUGAACACAUUUUUAUCACUCUGAAACUGUUUGGUUUUGAUUUCAGUGGCUGACACUGUGAUAUGUGACAGACAAAUGUAUAUUGAGACUUUAAAAGUUUAGUUUAUGCUGGUGGUGUUUGUAGACACUGACGUCUAAAUAUUCCUGUAUUUCUGAGAUGUGAUGUAAGUGUGUUUUCAAUGUAAAAGUCAAACUCUUUAAAGUUAUAUGUGGAAAGAAAAGUUUUUAUGGCUAAAUAAAUAUUGGAACGAG